CUUCGUCAACAAUCGUCAGCAAUUCAGCAAACGAUUUCACCAUAGGAUAGUCCUCUCCUCCAGGCGAUACCUCUUUCACGCCCUCUACUGCUCUCUCGUACCCUCACUCUAUCCUUUCUUGAGAUCUCGGUGGAAAAAGGCACCAGCUCGUGGGACGGUCGAAUUGGGAACUUUCCGGACCAUCCUUUAUCUCGCAAUCUGGACUGACAGACCCCGCCAAUAGUGAUAGUUCAGUGGAACGAGGCCCUCGAACAAGACAUCCUCAAUCUUCUCUCAGAUCAACGGUGCAUUAUUACCAAGAGAUAUAAAGGGAUCAAAGGACAAGGCAAAAUCCAUAAAGCUUGACGACCAACCAGACGACCUCGACCAUGUCGUUUCCCCAGCCGGAAUUCGCAUUCGUAACCCUCCUCAACUCUUCCUCCUACCUCCCCGGAGCCCUCGUCCUCGCCCACUCGCUGAGGGACCUGCAUCCUCAACCUCGUACGGUAGACUUUCAUACCGUAUGCCUUGUCACCCCGGAGACUGUCGAUGUUGAGAGUAUCAAGCAGUUGCGAUCGGCGUUUGACGUUGUCAUCGGGGUAGAGGUCAUUACUAGCGGGGCGGAGGGUCAAGCAGGCUUGCAACUGAUGGGCCGACCGGACCUACAUUCCGCCCUCACAAAACUACACAUCUUCCGAUUAGAAGGCAAAUACAGCAAGAUCGUCUACCUCGAUGCCGACGUCCUGCCCCUCCGCCCUCUCACCCAGCUCUUCUCCCUCCCGAAUCGCUUCUCCGCCUGUCCGGAUAGCGGCUGGCCAGACUGUUUCAACUCGGGUGUCAUGGUCUUUGAACCCAAAGAGUCUGAUUUCAGGGGAAUGAUCAAGUUGAUGGAGGAUGCUAGGAAGGGGGAUGUAGAGUUGGAAGGAAUGGGGAUCGGGAGUGGGAAUGGGAGUUUCGAUGGGGCUGAUCAGGGGUUGCUGAACGAGUGGUUUUCUGAGGAAGGACAGGGCGGAGAUUGGAAUAGGUUGUCGUUUACGUACAACGUCACGCCGUCAGCAGCAUACCAAUACGCCCCAGCCUAUCGACGGUAUGGUAGCAAGAUCCACUGUGUGCAUUUUAUUGGGAACAACAAGCCUUGGAGGAGCAUCGUCACAAGACCUGCUCGAGCGCCUACACCUAACAUCAGGGAUAUGCCAUUUGACUACCCAUCUCUCGUCGACCGGUGGUUUGCCGUAUACGACAGGUACAUGCGACCUCUCGGUCAGCCCAUCGCCAAUCCUAUUUUCAGCGUACCUCAGAACGUCGCCGUGUGGAACAUGCCGGCCUUGUCCACGGAAGAGGGCCGAGAGCAGAUUGACAAGAUGCACGCUUCACCGCGAGUCGAUUCUUCUGCGGUCAGUAUGGCUCUUGGCGGAGCGAAUGUACACGCUGCUGGUAUCGAAGGGACAUACUACAGCUUGCCUCUGGACGGGAGGGUGGAUUUGAUGCGACCUCUACCGGCGAAACCUUCCGUCCCAACCCCGGAGAGGAAGCCGAGUCUGGCAGGGUCGCCUCCGAUCUAUGCUCAGGCUUUGCCUCAUACCGCACCCGUCCAUCCUCCUGCUCGACAGGGAUCGCCUCCCAUCCCUGAGACCUGGAACGCUCAAUUCGACUCGCCACCUCGUCGUUCAGGUCCGCAAUACGGUGAGAUGAGGCAGGGAAUGCCGGAAAACUAUGUCAACGUCUGGGACAAGCCGCUCGGACACCAAAAGCAGCGUACAGAGGAUUGGAACGUCGCCGGUAGUUAUCCUACCAUUCCAGACGUCGUCAAGGAGGACAAGUGGUAUGCGGGCGCUGCAGACGGGAAACCAGACUACUCCAAGGUCGAGACUGUCUUCCCUUGGGAAAAGGAGGAGAGACAACCUCCUUCUCGUCAUUUCCCUGCUAGCGAUCCUCCUCCCCCUCGUGCCAAUCCACUCCCCGAGCUCCGAUUGCAUCUGCCGAGUCCUCCAGCUCCGCAGGAUAUCCGAUUACCGCUGUCGACGGCUGCCAGCCCGACGGGUCCUCAACAGCACAGAAAACAGAUGAGCUUCCACCAGGCCAUGGCGCAGUAUACAAACGCGUGGGACAUCCCUUCGAUACAAAACUAUGCGUCCCGUUUGGGGGGACCGAAAGAGAGGAAGGCUCUGGCCAAGGGGAUGCAGACUCCGGCCCUUGAACGAGAGAAUAUGCAAGGAAUCCUGUUGGCUGAGCCCGAGUCCAAGCAGAGGAAUAACAAGCACUUGGUACCCGCUCGACCGCAUUCUCAUGCGAAGCGAGGUAAAAGAUCAGCAGAUUCGACGCCGCCCGAGACCAGGAGCGAAGGGAGUCGGGAUGGGGAUGACGAGGAGACGACUUCGGGCAGCGACAAGGAUGAAGAAGAACGAUAUCCGAUUGUCCGUCGUGGUGCAGGUGGUUCCAGCACGAGGCCAGGCCAUUCGAGAACGGCAAGCAAGAUGUCUUCGACAGGGGGGUCACCUAUCACUACGCCGGGUCAGGAAACGGGACCUCGUUCAGCAGGCAACGGAGGAGGAAAGCAUUACACCGUGCGGAGCGUCCAGACGGAUCCCGUUCCAAUGCAGGACCGAGUAGUGCAGACUUCACCUGAACAGAGGAUGGCGGAUCUGGCAACCGCGAAGCGGACGGCGGGGCCUUCCAGCUACAAGUUUGGCGCGAUCGGAGCCGAUCACGUCAGCCAGGGAACUGCAUCCCAGACGGACACCGGUGUAGGCGGUCUUCGACGAAAGCCUGUCCGACAAUCUUCUGAAGAAACAAUCACUUCGGCGACAUACAACUCGCCGAAGAACAAUGCCCAGACUCGUGUUCCUAACGGGUCCGCAUCUUCGUCAUCGAACGAGGCGAGACCCAAGCCUACCUCGAGGAUCUUUGAUCCAUCGACAUCCAUAGAUGUGAGUCACCUCGCGCCGAAAUCAUUUGCUUUACACAUGUAACUGAAACGCUGUUGACUGCCGCUACCCAGGCGCGAAGGCGAGACACCGUCGAGGUCUUGUCCCGAUUCAUGAGACAGGCUGGGGGUCCCGCGAGCGGUGGACAGCCUUCUCGACCCGCUUGAAGAUAGAUGCUUAUAUUCACAUAUGAUCAGUCCUGCCUAGAAUAGACUAGACCCUUCCUUGGUCCUACUAUAUAUACCACCUAAUGACAUUUCUAUGAAAGCUGAUCUUGUUCACAGCGCCAUA